AUGCUGGUCAAUUGCACCACGAUGAAUGAGUUUCUCCUCAUGGGUUUUGCUGAUAGAUGGGAGCUUAGGUUCCUUCACUCCAUGUUACUCCUUCUGACAUACUUAGCCACUCUAACAGGAAAUUUUCUCAUUGCCACUGUCAUCACACUUGAUCAGAAACUGCAUACACCCAUGUACUUCUUCCUCAGAAAUUUGUCCAUAUUAGACAUGUGUUACAUUUCUGUCACUGUCCCGAACGCCUGUGUAAACUCUCUCACUGACAACCGGGCUAUUUCAGUGGCUGGGUGUGCAUCUCAGAUCUUUUUAGUCAUUUAUUGUGCUUAUGUGGAACUUAUGUUCCUCACUUUUAUGGCUCGUGACCGCUAUGUGGCCAUUUGUCAGCCCCUCCACUAUCCAGUCAUCAUGAACCAUCAAUUCUGUAUCAGGGCGACACUUAUUUCCUUAACAACCGGUCUCUUGUAUGCAGGUGCACACACAGGUAACACAUUUCGACUGUCCUUCUGUCAGUCCAACGUGGUUCAUCAGUUCUUCUGUGAUGUUCCCUCUCUGCUGAAGCUCUCUAGCUCUAACACCUUUAGCAAUGAACUAUUAAGUUUCAUUACUAUCAUGGGUGUUGGUGGCAGCUGUACCAUCUUCAUUGCAUGGUCCUAUACACACAUAUUUUCUACUAUAUUCAAGGUUCCAACCAAAGAGCGAGGAAAGGCCUUUUCCACAUGUGUCCCUCAUAUCAUUGUAGUGUCUGUCUUUCUCAGUUCUGGGAGUUAUGUGUACCUAAAACCUUCAGUUACCUCGGAAACUAUUCAAGACAUGAUUCUUUCUGUAUUUUAUGUCAUAGUUCCUCCAUUCCUAAAUCCUAUCAUCUAUAGUCUUAGAAACAAACAGAUAAAAGAAGCGCUGAGGAAAGUAGUAUUAAAUAAGCUUUAUUCAGAAAAAGUAUAA